AUGAAUUGUAAAAAUACAUUUGAAGAACAAUCAACUAAGAUAUCCAUUUCUGAUUGGGAUAUUUUAGAGACAGACUUAGAAACUCAUUGCUCAUCACCUAAAUAAGAAGGAAUUAUCAAUUAGAUUCAGAAACAUAAAUUCGUUAUUGGAAUUUCGAAACCAGAAGAGCAAAGAAUUGGACUAUCUUCAAUUAAAAAAAGCAAAAUUACAAUCAAAGGAAUCUUAGGGAUCUCUAAUCUUUCUAUCUGA